AUGCCUUACGUCGACCGCUAUACAAGACGUCCUGGCGCCAGACCUGGGUUAUGUCGAUACUCCACUAUCACCCUGAACCAGUACAAGCCGAAAUCGUUCCAACGCAGCGACGAAGAUGAAGCACGUCUCAAAGAGCUCUACAGUCGCGACUCAAGCGACUGGAGUCAGUCUGAUAUCAAAUCGUUUGAAGACAUUAUGGACAGAGAUAAUGCCAGGGAAGACGCUGCCCGCGAGCCGUUGAGACGCGAAAUUGAAAACUACUUCAAAGAUCUCGUCCUGCCGCCACUCCCGCCACCUCUUCCGCCAUCAAGCCUCUGGCUUUCCAGAAUUCAGGCCGCAGAUUGCCCGUAUCCCGCCAUAAAACCCUUUAUGGUGGCCUGUGAUAAAGGGCUGCUUGACCAAGUCAAGAGUUGGAUCGAAGAUCAAGAGCGGAGGGAAGUCCUGCAGCAAAUAGGCAUUCAAGACGGCUUGGUCUUUGCAGCGCGCGCGAACCAAGUCCACAUCGUCCGGUAUCUACUUGAAGAGGGAGGGGCUUCCUUGAUGGGAGAUGUGGUGCGAGAAGCUUGCUAUAUUCUUUCCCUUCCACUAUUUGAGCUUUACCUUCAGCACGGUUAUCAUCCUAACCAGCAAAUCCCCAGCCUCGACGGCUAUUUCGGGGUCGCGAUAAACCAUUGUGUCCAAGACCCAGAUGUAACACGCCUUCUUCUUGAACAUGGUGCAGACCCAGACGUCGCUCCGUUUACAGACAGCAGAACGCAAGGCUGGGGUGAAAAGGCGACACCCCCGAUGGACCGAACCUCCGGGUUGGCUCUCGAUCAUACUGUAGCCAGGAGUCCCAUGGUCGUGAUCCAAAUGCUUCUCAACCAUGGAGCGCAUCCAGAGUACUCACGUCCCCUGCACGGGGUUAUUGCGCGAGUUCAUGAGCACCAACUUCCGAAUGCAGAGAAAGAGUGGCGACCUCUGAUGGAAGCGCUCUUGGACCACGGAGCAAAGAUCAAUGGCGUUACCUACGCGGCUGGCUCAGCGCUAAGUGAGGCUGUCCACUAUAAGAAUUGGGAGAUGGUGGAGUUUUUGAUCGAAAGAGGCGCGAGUCCAUUCACCAAGUGCCCCGCUUCGAAGGAGGAUUCCUUCGAUGCGACUCAAAGACCCGAGGACCAACCUUGGCGGAGAGGUCCAGAGGUGAAGGAAUAUCUCAAGGGUUUGACCCUCGGGCCGCCUCCGGGACGAAAUUGGUUGGUCACAAAUACGAAAGGCUACAUCGCAAAAAUGGCCGACGAUUCAUCCAAAUCAUCGACAGACCCCUCCGCUGCCGUCGGUCCCUCGAAAGAAGCGAACAAACUGCUCCCCGAAGAAACAGAACUCGACCAAGAUGGCUUUCACAACGAUCACCAAGACCACCUGGACAUGCAGCGCCUGGGCAAGAAACAGCAGUUCAAACGAACGUUUUCGCUGUGGUCGUCAAUUGGCUUUGUAGCUAUUUACAUGGCGACGUGGGAAUUUGUGCUGAUUUCCCUUGCGCCGGGUUUCACGAACGGUGGAUAUGCUGGUGUUUUCUGGUGUUUUGUUACCACGACCAUUGCGUACUCUGCCGUCGUUGCGAGUUUGGCGGAGAUGGCUUCUAUGGCGCCUACUUCGGGUGGGCAGUAUCAUUGGGUUAGCGAGUUUUCACCGCCAAAGUAUCAGAAGGUUCUCUCGUAUGCUUCAGGCUGGAUGACGACGCUGGGUUGGCUGGCUAGUUUUGCGAGUAGUUGCUACACUAUCGCUUUUCAGGUGCAGGCUUGUAUCAACGUUACGAAGCCUGAUUUUGCAUUUACAACGUGGCAGAUUGCGUUGAUCAUGUGGGCUGUUAUCAUUGUUACCAUCGCCUUCAACACCUGGGGUACUGCUUUCUUCCCUCAGCUCGAGACAGCGAGUUUGAUUGGCCAUCUUCUGGGAUUUUUCGCGGUCAUGAUACCUCUUUGGGUUCUUUGCGACAAGAAUGAUGCGCACGACGUAUUUCUGCAGUUUACUGACCAGAGCGGGUGGGAUAACAUGGGCUUUGCCUAUAUAUCAUCUCAGAUUUACGUUCUCUGGUGUUGUUUCGGUUCGGACAGUAUUGUCCAUCUAUCAGAAGAGGUCAAGAAUGCCUCAAUCGUUGUGCCGCGUGCUAUUUGGUGGUCAUAUGUCGGAAACGUCUUUUUCGGCUUCAUCAUGCUCAUCACCAUGCUCUUCUGCAUUGGUCCGCUUGAUCCCAUCAUUGAGGCAGACUGGCCAUUUAUCGCCCUCUUCGAUCGCACUGGAUCUCAAGCUCUGAACUUGUUCUUCAACGUCAUCUUGUGGCUUUUGGUCUACCUUGGCAACAUCACGACUCUUGCGACCUGUGCUCGUGAGACAUGGGCGUUUGCAAGAGAUAAGGGUCUCCCAGGUUCUCAGUGGAUUGGACACAUGGACAAGAAAUGGCACAUGCCGUUCAACGCAGUCUACCUAAUGUCCAUUGGAGCCGCCCUCCUCAGUCUCAUCCAGAUCGGCUCCGACGUCGCCUUCACCGUUCUCGUUUCACUAUCUACACUCGGAAUCAUGAGCACUUAUCUCCUUAGUAUUGGUUGCGUACUACUUAAGCGCAUCAGAGGCGAGCAGCUUCCUUCGGCUCGCUGGAGUCUGGGUCGCUUUGGACUGGCGAUUAAUGCGUUUUCUGUGCUUUACAGCUUGUUCAUUGUCAUUCUCUGCUGUUUUCCACUGACCCUACCUGUUGACACAGCUUCAGCGAAUUGGGCGCCUUUGAUAUGGGCUGGUGUUAUUAUCAUUGCUGCCAUUGCGUAUGUGACACACGGAAGAAGGGCAUAUACACCCCCAGUGAGCUUUGUGGAGGGCUUCAAGUUGCAGGGUGUUGGUUUGCAGCAGUCCUCGUAA